UUCUCUCUCUCUUUCACCUCCUCCAGGCGGUCCAUCCAUCCAGCAAUCGAUCGAUCGAUCGAUCCUCGGGCUCGUAUAAAAAAACAAAUAAUACAAAAAAUAAAAUUAAAACAAAAGUACAAAGAAAAAGCAAAAAAACAAAAAACACUCUGCGUAUCCGAGCAAAACAAACAGCAAACACUAGUUGCAAAUCGAAAGCACAAAAAAAAAAUAGAAAAAAAAAUACACAAGCGAAACGGAAAGAACCGCUUGCAAAACGGUUAGCAAAGUGAUCAACACGCUUUUUGUGUCCUUUUUUUUUUUUUGGUAUUUUCUUUUGUGUGUGCUCCACUUGCGAUCGUUAAUUGUUGACCGCGUGCAACGCCCCCCUCCGCCCCCCGCUGCUGUCAUUACCGUCAACCCAUCAGCAACAUCAGCGGACAGCAGCAACAGCAACAGCAGCAGCAACAGCAGCAGCAGCAACAUCAGCGGGCAGAAGUAACGGCCACCGUUCGAGUGCAACCGUUUUCGAAAGUUGCCGCUAACGCAUCCUGUUUGUCAGCCUUCGGAAUUUGGAAUUGGAAUUGGAAUCGGAACUUUAACUGGAACAGCCAGGGGAAACGUCGGAAUCGGGCCAAGGACCGAAUAGAUACAUCAUCAGCAGCAGCAGCAGCAGCAGCAUUACCAGCAGCAACCACAUUAACGGCAGCAACAUGCAACAUCAACAUCAGCAUCUACAGCAACAACACAAACAAGUGCGCUGCAGAAAUCUACGAAGAAACGUAGAAAUCGGUGCUAAGAAGAUUUGGCUGCCGCUUAUCAUUUUCCUUUCACUGCAGGUCGCCCUCGUCUGCGCGGACGAUGUGGAGGUGGUGAAGGCCAUUGCCGGUGGUCCGGACGAUGAUCUGACCAUCGCUCUGGGGGACCACGAGAACGAGCUGGACCAGAUGGCCCAGGAGUCGGAGCAGGAGCAGCAGGCCCAGGCGCAGCAGCAACAGCAGCAGCAGCAACAGCAGCAGCAGCAGCUGCCACAGAUUCAGAUGCAGUUGCCCCAGUCGGUGCCCAAGGUGCAGGUGCACUACCAGCACAACAUGCCACAACCCCCACCAAAUGUGGCCGUGGGCCUCACCAUGCGCAACAACCACCAGAACAUUCCGCUGAGCUUUGGCCAGCCCUUCGGACCUCCUCCGCCGCCCGGAGCUCAAUUCUACAAGGGACCGCCGCCGCCGCAGCUGCAACAGCGACCUCAACCCCCGCCGCAGUUGCAGUUGCAGGUGCAACCGCAGCAGCAACAGCAGCAGCAGCAGCAACAGGGUCAGCAGCAGCAGGUCCAAGUGCCCGAUCUGAGUGUGGGCGCCUCCAGCAACAAUGAGAUCUGGGCGGCUCCCGUCCAGGACAUGCCCAAGAUCGUGUCCCUGGACGUGAAGUGCGAGAAGAACGGCAUGAAAGUGUUCGUCCAGUUCGACAAGCCCUUCAAUGGCAUCGUCUUCUCCAAGGGUCACUACAGCAACAUGAACUGCGUCCAUCUGCCCUCGGGUUUGGGUCGCAGCUCGGCCAGCUUUGAUAUUGGACUCCACGAGUGCGGCACCGCUGGCAAUACGGACAACUAUGGCCAAGGUUAUGGCCACGAGGCGGGCAGCACUGGUGCAGGAACCUACUUCGAGAACAUCAUCGUCAUCCAGUACGAUCCGCAGGUGCAGGAGGUGUGGGAUCAGGCCAGGAAGCUGCGUUGCACGUGGCAUGAUCAGUACGAGAAGAGUGUGACCUUCCGACCCUUCCCCGUGGAUAUGUUGGAUGUGGUGAGGGCCGAUUUCGCUGGCGAUAAUGUGGGCUGCUGGAUGCAAAUCCAGGUGGGCAAGGGACCAUGGGCCUCCGAGGUCUCGGGACUGGUGAAGAUUGGCCAGACAAUGACCAUGGUGCUGGCCAUCAAGGAUGAUGACUCUAAGUUUGAUAUGUUGGUGAGGAACUGUGUGGCGCACGAUGGCAAGAGGGCGCCUAUACAGUUGGUGGACCAAAGGGGCUGCGUCACUCGACCCAAGUUGAUGUCCCGCUUUACGAAGAUCAAGAACUUUGGGGCCUCCGCAUCCGUUCUGUCCUAUGCCCACUUCCAGGCCUUCAAGUUCCCCGACUCGAUGGAGGUUCACUUCCAGUGCACCAUUCAGAUCUGUCGCUACCACUGCCCGGAGCAGUGUUCGGCGGAGACGAAUCUCCAGGAUGUGCACCAUCUGCAGGUGGGUCCGGAAUCGCAGUAUGGUCCACCGCCGCAGCUGCAUGUGGAUGCCUACCAUGUGGCAAGUGCGAUUGGCAAGCGGCGGGAUGAGCGAAGGGUGCAGAGAAGGGCUCGAGCGGUGGCCGAACCUCAGGUGGGUCUGAACAGGAUCAUCAAGGUGGUCUCCUCGGGCGACCUGACCUUUGCCAUUGACGAACAGGCGGGAGGAAAUGGUAAUGGCAGCUCAUCGAAUGGUUCAUCCAAUGGCGGUUCCGGUGUGGAUCGCAGUCCACAGACCAUGGUAUUCCCAUUGCGAGAGGAGGGGCUGAUCUGUAUGACCACGCCGGGCUUCGCCAUCACGCUGAUUGUCCUCCUGGGCAUCCUCAUCACGUCCUGCCUCACCUCCGCCGUGCUCUACGUCCGACUGCGUCCGUUCUCCUCGUUCGCCGCCAGCGCCAAGGAGCGGGCCGUCGCCUUCACGAAUCCCCAGCUGGCCCCGCUGCCCGUCAUCCAGCUGCCCUCGCCGGCGGAUCUGCAGGGAACGCUCUCCAAGAAGCGGGCGAUGUCGUGAGCACGCCCCCGACUGUGCGACUGGAACUAGUUCCGUGGGCGGGGGACGUCUGCCGAUUUCCGGCGGUGGUUGGGCACUGGCCAAAGUGAUGGUUUCCAGGGGAUCAGGUCUUGGCGGUUUUAGUUAGAGCCUAGGGAAGAUAGCACCAUCAGUUAAAUAUUCAUAAAAAAUAUUUCCAUUUUUAAAUUAUAUAAUAUUGAACUAAAUAGCAUGAAUUAAUAUACAAAGUAUUUGUAAUAUCUUAAGAUUUUAAUAACGCUUUAUCAUUUUUAAAACUGCAUUUUAAAGAUCAUAAAUAAUUAACACCUUUUAUAAGUUUUCAUUCCAAAUUGGUGCUAUCUUUUUCCUGAGUCAGUCUUAUAUCAUUCUUUUCAAAAAUAGCAAUCAAAUAUUAAAUCAUUUGCCCAAUAUUCGAUGAACCAUAGGAAACUAUUUCUAUUUGGCGAUAAUAUAUUACCUUGUGUCUUACUUAGAUUGCUCUUUAAGGAUUUACAACUUUAUUAUCAUAGCCAGUUAAAAGAACCUGAUUCUCAAAUGUAACUGUCAUGGGUGCCAUCACUAGCCAUCGCAUUUCGUUAGCGCUUUCGUUUCCGUUUCCGGUUCUAGGUACAGUUGUGUCUGCGUCUGCGGCUCUUAAAUUUGUAGCGUACACUUCGUUAGUAUAAUUUUUGAUACAAAUCAUUUAACAUUAACUCAAGCCGUUUACUGGGUUCUCCUUCACCUUCCAUUUCUAUUUCCCUUUCCCUUUCCCUUAAACUCUACUUUUAAAAACCUUUUCUCGACACCACUAACCCUACUUCCAUUGUCUUUUCCACUCCUUUCUUCCUUUCUUCCCUUGGUGGCAGUCGAUUAUCGAUUAUUUUUGUUUUAGUUUAAGCCUAGGUUCUAUUUCAUGUAAAACGGUGCUAAGCCAUGAUCAGCCCAUCAUACCCAUCUGACAAUCACUUGUAGCUUUCUUCAGCAUUUGAGCCGAUAUAAUUCAUUACUUAGAGUAUUUCUCGUAAGACUCUCUUAAGACUUUGUAGACACGCAUACACACAUUUUGCGCACACACACACACGCACACACACAAUACACACAUGUAACACAUGCAUAACAAAUAUACACUUGAAUUAGUCACUAAAUAUUUUAAGCGCUUUAAGCCGUAGACUAAGCCGAAUACUUCUGCGUCCCACUGUCAGCCAUUUCCCCAGACACCUGGAUCUACUUUUAUCAGUUAGUACGCCCCGUAGUCCACUUAUUUAUUUGCAUAAUGAUUUAUACAUAUCGCAUACAUACCCGCAUAUAUACCGCCUUAUAUAUAUCUUCGAUUUUUUUUGUCUACUUUUAUAAGCCGAGCAAAGCGAGUGAGAAGAGAAAGUGUUCAAUAAAUUGUUUAGAAUCCCU